AUGAAGCUUGACUGUGAGUGGCCCAAGACGAAGCCUAAUCCUCAUGAUAGGGUUGCAAAGAGAGCGUCGAAACCCGAGAUUCUACGGCCACAGACACCUGAUUCGCCUAAAGAUAAUGUGGAUCCACGUCUUCAGCUUGUUUUAUCGGCUCAGCUGAGCCCUAAAGGUUCUCCUGACCUUUUUGAGCUCUUCAAUAUGCCGUUUGAUAAUAUCCUCUUUGGAACGGUGGUCCCUCAAUUGGACGAUACAGGCGUUGAGUUUCUUCUGCAUUAUAGUGAAGCGUUCUGUUCGUUUAUUCCAAUUGGUACAGACUCGCUGAACUACUUUUUAAAGACAUUCAUGCAGCUUGCCCAGUCUAGAGACUCCAUCUUGUAUGCCUUGUGUGCUUGGGGAGGGUUCUGGUUGCAACUACGUGAAAAGUCUUCGAUAGACUAUUCCCAACCAUGGAAUUAUAUGCAAAAGGCUGCCAAGUUGAUUUGCUCGGAAAUUGGCGAUAACUUGGUACCUCUGACUAGCGAGGACUUCUUUGUGCUUCUCGCUUUUUACCUUAUCUUUAUUGGUAUUGAAGUCACAACGGGUGAUGUUUGUCACUGGGGCGGGUUCUUAACGCAGUGUUCCAAUUUGAUCAACUCUUUCGGUGGCUUGGCUGCUGUGUGUCAGAUGUUUCUGAACAAUAACGAUAUCAAGUGGCUUCUUCACAACUUCCAGUUCCACGAUUUGCUCUCACUGAAUGCUGUGCGUCAGGGAACGUUGAUUCCUAUCGAAGAGUACGAAGCCGUUUUACCAGAUGACGUAAAUUACGGUCUUGAUCCACUUCAGGGUGCUUUAGGUAGAGUCUAUAAUCUCUUUGGUGAGAUUGGCAACGCUCAAGUCAAUCUCAGACGUCAAUGGACAGAGAUCGAAGAUGCGCUCGAGUUGGCAGUCGCCCACCGGUCAACCGAAGUGGAAGAGGCUCGAAAGAAAUACUUUGAAACUGUUAGAGCCACGUUCAAAGAGUUCCAAGAUAAGAUCUCCACAUGUCUGCCGAGCGAAAUGCACCUUGAGAUUCUUGAACAGAGUCCCAAGGAAUUGGCGCUCCAGACCAAGCUUUUUGAACUCUAUGUGCUCAUUUGCCAGAUCCAUCUUCAUAGCGGUGUGAUUCGUCUGCCUCCAGUGCUGUUCCAGCAACAAGACUUGCUUUCUCAAGCUAUUGAGCUUAUUGACCAACUUAUGGAUACACGCAUGAUUGUUCUGUUAUCACUACUGCUCUUGGUGUGUGGAACAACCUGUUGCACGGAAUAUGAUAGAGAGAGAAUGAGAGAGAGGUUCCGCAAAGCCCGUUUAACGUACCACGUCCAGAACUUGACCAGAAUCGAAGAAACAGUCGAAGAAGUGUGGACUCGUAAUCCAGACGGCAACGGUGUAGUUGACUGGGCAGCUUUGGCAGAAGAAAAAGGUUGGAAUCUUUAUGUGGGAUAG